AUGCAAACAGGAAACAACACGUUGGUGAACAGCUUCCUACUCACAGGGCUAACAGACCUUCCUCAGCUGCAAAUUGCCCUCUUUGUGAUCUUCUGUGGUGUCUAUGCCACCAGCCUGGUGGGGAAUUUGGGCAUGAUUCUCUUAAUCAGGUCCAGCCCACAACUGCAAACCCCAAUGUACUUCUUACUUGGCAACCUGUCUUUCUUGGACAUCUGUUACUCUUCAUCCGUCACCCCAAAGUUCCUAACCAAUCUCUUAAAGGAGAAGAAAGUAAUUUCUUUUGCUGAUUGUUUUACUCAGCUUUUCUUUUAUGGUGUAUUUGCCACCACUGAGUGUUACCUGCUGGCAGUGAUGGCCUAUGACCGCUACGUGGCUAUCUGCAACCCGCUGCUCUACUUAAUCACCAUGUCCCAAAGAAAGUGCAUUGAGCUAGUUGCUCUUUCCUAUGCGGCUGGGACAAUAAAUGCUUUGGUGCACACCAUUGCUGCAUCAAGACUAUCCUUCUGUGGACCAAACAUCAUUCAGAAUUUUUACUGUGAAAUUCCUCCCAUACUGCAGCUGUCCUGCUCAGACAUUAGUCUCAAUGAAAUUUUGAUAAAAAGAAACAACACGUUGGUGAACAGCUUCCUACUCACAGGGCUAACAGACCUUCCUCAGCUGCAAAUUGCCCUCUUUGUGAUCUUCUGUGGUGUCUAUGCCACCAGCCUGGUGGGGAAUCUGGGCAUGAUUCUCUUAAUCAGGUCCAGCCCACAACUGCAAACCCCAAUGUACUUCUUACUUGGCAACCUGUCUUUCUUGGACAUCUGUUACUCUUCAUCUGUCACCCCAGAGUUGCUAAGCAAUCUCUUAAAAGAGAAGAAAAUCAUUUCUUUUGCUGGUUGUUUUAUUCAGCUUUUCUUUUAUGCUGUAUUUGCCACCACUGAGUGUUACCUGCUGGCAGUGAUGGCCUAUGACCGCUACGUGGCUAUCUGCAACCCGCUGCUCUACUUAAUCACCAUGUCCCAAAGAAAGUGUAUGCAGCUAGUAGGUCUUUCCUAUGCAGCUGGGACAAUAAAUGCUUUGGUGCACACUGUUGCUGCAUCAAGACUAUCCUUCUGUGGACCAAACAUCAUUCAGAAUUUUUACUGUGAAAUUCCUCCCAUACUGCAGCUGUCCUGCUCUGACAUUAGUCUCAAUGAAAUUUUGAUGUUUGUCUUUGUUGGGUUCAAUGCAAUAUCAACCAGUCUGACUAUUCUCUCCUCUUACACUUAUGUCCUGGCCACUAUUUUAAAGACCCGCUGUGCUAGGAGCCGUAAGAAAGCCUUUUCCACCUGCACAUCUCACCUCAUGGUUGUCACCAUUUUUUAUGGAUUUGCUAGCCUCAUGUAUGCUAGACCCAGUUCUAGGCAGACCCAUCACCUUGACAAAAUAGCCUCUGUGUUCUAUGUAGUAGUGACUCCCAUGCUGAACCCUUUGAUUUAUAGUCUGAGGAACCAGGAAGUCAGGAGUGCCUUCCAAAAAGUCCUGGGAAGAAAUCUUACGUUUUACAAAAGUUUUUUUAUAAAAUAG